CUUCCUGUGCCUGGAAUCUCGUCUCAUCUGAUCCUGCUCGACUUCGUUAUUGUCACGCGCCCCGAUAUUCUCCAUAGCCCUUCUGAUCAGGUCUUUCUUCCACCUCCUAAGCGAGGCCUCUAUUCCCCACCUCACGACCUUCUAAGGUCGCAGUGGUUUCUUCGAAGCGCAAAUUCAACGUUCUAUUCUGACGUUACGCCGUCGCUUGCCUUGGGACGAAGAGCCUCGGGUCGCCGGCCUUAUCCGUCAAAUCGCGCCUAGAAAAUGCCGACCGUUAGCGUGGGUCGCGAUCGCCUCUUCGCCGCGCUCGGCAAAACCUACACGGAGGAGGAAUUCGACGAGCUCUGCUUCGAGUUCGGCAUUGAGCUCGAUGACGUGACCACGGAAAAGGCGAUCAUUCGCAAGGAGAAGCACUUGGAGGACGAGGGUCCCUCGGAGGACGAGGAGGUGAUCUACAAGAUCGAGGUGCCCGCCAACCGCUACGACCUGCUGUGCCUCGAGGGCCUCGCCCGCUCCCUGCGCAUCUUCCUCGGGAUGGACCCCGUGCCGCAGUUCAAGCUCGCUGCUGCUGCCAGCCCCAUCCGCAUGACCGUCAAGCCCGAGACGGCGCUCAUCCGCCCCUUCGUGGUGGGCGCAGUCCUGCGGAACGUGACCUUCGACCAGCACCGCUACAACAGCUUCAUCGACCUGCAGGACAGGCUGCACCAGAACCUCUGCCGGCGUCGCACUCUGGUUGCCAUUGGCACACACGACCUUGAUACACUCACACCGCCAUUCACUUAUGAGGCGUUGCCCCCCACUGAGAUCAAGUUCAUGCCGCUCAAGCAGACCAAGGAGUUCAAUGCGGCAGAGCUGAUGGAGUUUUACAAGGCGGACAACAAGCUCAAGAAGUUUCUCCACAUCAUCAGCGACUCGCCUGUCUUCCCAGUCAUUUAUGACACCAACAGAACCGUCCUGUCUCUCCCUCCGGUGAUCAACGGGGCGCAUUCAGCCAUCAAGCUCACCACCCGCAACGUGUUCGUCGAAUGCACGGCUACAGAUCUUACCAAGGCGAAGAUUGUUCUCAACACCGUCGUCACUAUGUUCUCAGAGUUCUGCGACAACAAGUUCGAGGUGGAGCCGGUGGAGGUGGUAUCUGCGGAGGGGCAGGUGGCAGUCUACCCUCAGAUGGACGAGAGGAGUGUCGACACGUCAGUGGGGUACAUCAAUAAGGCCAUCGGCGUUGACCUCAAGGCUGAGGAGAUCGCCCGUCUCUUGACACGCAUGCAGCUGCCAUCCAAGGUGGUGGAGGGGCGGAGAGGGGAGGACGGGGCCGAGGUGGUGAGCGUGCGAGUGCCGCCCACACGCUCCGACGUGCUGCACCCGUGUGACAUUAUGGAGGACGUGGCUAUUGCCCAUGGGUACAACAACAUCGUUCGAACCGAACCCAAGACCGUGUGUGAGGGCAAGCAGCAGCCGUUGAACCAGCUGAGCGACCUGCUGCGGGGGGAGGUGGCCCAGGCGGGCUUCACCGAGGUGCUCACAUGGGCGCUCAUCGCGCGGGCGGAGAACUUUGAGAUGGUGAACCUGAGGGACGAUGGGAAGACGGCCGUGGUCAUUGGCAACCCGCGGUCUGCUGACUUUGAGGUGGUUCGCUCGUCGCUUCUCCCCGGAAUGCUCAAGACCCUGGCCAGCAACAAGGACUCGCCUCGCCCCGUGAAGCUGUUUGAGGUGUCGGACGUGUGUGUGAUGGAUGAGAGCAAGGACGUUGGGGCGAGGAACGAGAGGCGGUUGAUUGCCCUCUACUGCAACCUGCACUCGGGGUUCGAGGUCAUUCACGGUCUGGUGGAUCGCCUCAUGGAAGCACUGGGAGUGCCGUUUGGCGGCCAGGCUGGGGCUGACGGCACAGUAGCCCAUGCUGAUGGUCCUGUUGCUGAUGCUGAUGGCAAGGAGACCAAGCCCGCUGCCCUCAAGUACUUCAUUGCUCCCUCCCAAUCCCCCCAGUUCUUUGGCGGCCGUCAAGCAGACAUCCUCUUCAAAGGGAAAUCCAUUGGUACCUUUGGUGUCGUUCACCCUGAGGUUCUUGCUCGCUUUGACAUCCCUGACCCGUGCUCCGCUGUGGAAAUCAACCUCGAGCCUUUCCUCCAACUAUAGCCAUCCUAUUAGCCAUUCAUUGAAGUACUGGUAUACUUUUCCUGCCAACCAGACAGUGCCAUUGGGUGCUGUUUGCAAUUACAGGGUACUGAAGUUGUGUGAUGUAAAGUAGGAUUUUGGGAGUCACCUAGAUUCUACUGACAAAUGUAGUCAAAGAGGAAAGCUGUCCCCUUGCAUUUGGAAAGCUGUGAUUGGUCUUGGAAGGAGUGAAAUGG